UCCUUGGCCGCCUUGUCUAAGGACAAUUGUAAGGGAGGGAGGAGUCCUCACGAGGAAACACCAAUUUUUGUUAAAAAGAAGAUAUGAUUGGAGGACAAAGUCAUUGGAGUCAGCAGGAUACAGAGGCUUUAUCAUUAUCUGCUGAAAGCGUGAAAGAUGCUGCCAAAGCUGGUCUUGCUGCUGCAGGAUUGAAGGCGAAGCUUUUCGCUGAUCAUGAAGAACGUGAAAUUCAACGGUUAUCUGCUAAUAUUGUAAAUCAUCAGGACCUUUCAUCGGGGAAGACGAUGGGCAGUGCUAAGGAAUGUGAAGGACUGUACUACUUCGACGAAGCUUAUUUGAAGAGAUUAGAGCUUAAGCUAAAGCAGUUUGCAGAAAUCGAGACCUUAUUGAUGAGAGAAUGCGAACAGAUGGAAAGAAACCGGCAGAGAUUGGCUACAGAACGAGGCCUCAUGAUGUCAGCACAGUUUGGAUCUGCUGGAGGAUCUCGAGCAAUGGGCCCACCCGGCGUUGGUUCAGCCAUUGUAAAUAAUAGCUCGGGAAAUAGGCAGCACGUUAUUUUAGGCUCACAACCACCUUCUGUUUCUGGAUAUGGCCAUAACCAACCUGGCCAUCCCCAUAUGUCCCUUAUGCAACAAGGGAUGUAUGAUCUUGGGCCCCGACUGCCACUUACAGCUAUACACCCAUCCUCUUCUACCCCGAGUACACUGUUUAACUCUGGAAAUUCCCUGCCUUCUCUCAGUCAUCCGAUGCUUAGACCUUUACCCUGGACUAAAACUGGGUUAGGUUAAAAUGGAAGCAAGUGGGUCAUCGGGAUACUCUGGGAUUAAUUCGUCUAUUCUCUUGCUUUUUGCAUUAAAAAGAGAUAAAGAGGACUAUUUAAAAUGGAUUGGAGUUGUUGACGCUGGGCUUUAUGAGCUUGGAAGCAAGGCUUAGGUCCGACCCAAAGUGAGAUUGGUUAAUCCAAUUGGUUGCCGGUGCAGCCAUGUUUUUUGUUAUAAACUUGAAUUUCUACAUCCAAGUUCACCGUAAUCCAUCCCUAAUCAGAUUUAGGAAUUUGUCAAGUAGGAUCUAUGAAUCUUCCGUACUCUUGAGCCGUACAGAUAAUGGAGAUUUUACAGAAAACAGUAUUGUGAAAUGGAUUUUGUUGAAAUCUUUACUCGAUAUGGAGAAUUGAGACAGUUUGAAUCAAUGAGAAAGCUAACAAUUUGUUUCCAUCCUGUGUUUUUUCUGGUUGACAUGACCUGAUUAUUGAAUUUCUAUAAAGAUGCAGCACCCAUUUUCAAGUUUAGC